AGACCUCUUAGUUUCCCUGUGCUAAAGAGCAGCUUGCACGGGGUCUGACAACCAUCCACCGUAAGUACACAAUUUCUGCCCUUUUACCUGCCCUUCGUAAGCAACAACAUGUUUGCCGUCAGAAACGCCCUCCGCCUCGGCACCCGGUUAUCCAUCCCUGCGGUGGCGAGGAGAGGAUGCGCUGGGGCUUCUAUCCCGGUGGAUGAUGUGGUGAACGGACUGACCGACGAUCAGAUACAGCUCAGGCAGACCGUCCGUAAAUUUUGUGCAGAAAAGCUUGCGCCGUACGCAAACGAGAUCGACAAGAACAAUGAAUUUCCAGGAAUGCGGGAUUUUUGGAAAGAAAUGGGGGAGAUGGGACUUCUUGGGAUCACAGCUCCUGUGGAAUAUGGUGGCACAGGAUUGGGAUACCUCGAUCAUGUCAUCGUGAUGGAGGAAAUGUCACGAGUGUCAGCAGCCAUUGCUCUCAGUUACGGCGCCCACUCUAACCUCUGUGUCAACCAGAUGGUGCGCCAUGCCAAUGACAAACAGAAGGAGAAGUACAUGCCAAAGUUAAUGACAGGAGAGCAUGUAGGAGCCCUGGCUAUGAGUGAGCCGAAUGCCGGCUCCGAUGUCGUAUCCAUGAAACUAAGAGCCAAGAAGCAAGGCGACUACUUUAUUUUGAAUGGCAACAAGUUCUGGAUCACCAAUGGACCGGAUGCUGACGUCCUUAUCGUUUAUGCAAAGACGGAUCCCGAGGCCCAUCAAAGAGGCAUCACAGCUUUCAUUGUUGAAAAGGGAAUGCCAGGUUUCUCUACGGCGCCGAAGCUUGACAAACUCGGCAUGAGGGGAUCCAACACCUGCGAGCUGAUCUUUGAGGACUGCAAAAUCCCAAAGGAGAACAUCCUUGGUCCCUUGAACAAAGGUGUUUAUGUGAUGAUGAGCGGCUUAGAUCUUGAGAGGCUGGUGUUGUCAUCAGGACCUAUUGGUAUCAUGCAGGCAGUCUUGGACUAUGCCGUCCCCUACCUCCACAUCAGAGAAGCCUUCGGACAGAAGAUCGGACAGUUUCAGCUGAUGCAAGGCAAGAUGGCCGACAUGUACACCAGAUUGAGCUCCUGUCGGCAGUAUGUGUACAAUGUUGCUCGGGCUUGUGACAGAGGACACUUCAGUGCAAUGGACUGUGCUGGCGUGAUCCUGUAUUGUGCGGAGAACGCCACUCAGGUUGCUUUGGAUGGCAUUCAGUGUUUGGGAGGCAACGGCUACAUCAACGACUAUCCCAUGGGACGGUACUUACGUGAUGCGAAGCUGUAUGAAAUCGGCGCGGGCACAAGCGAAAUUCGCCGGCUCAUUAUUGGACGAGCCUUCAACUCCAUGUUCAAAUAAUCAGAGCCGUGAAAUCACUAAAGACUGUCUGAGUGGUUUGCCGUGGACAAACACAGUUACUCACACCCGGGGCCUUAUGCUGUAUCAGCUGCUGCUGCUGGUAGGAUGUCAUCGUCUGUGUCACAAGCAUCGGCACCUUUUAAUUCACUUAUAUAACACACAUGAAAUGACUUGGGAGUUGAGUGAUCUUACAAGCUGACAGGUCAGAUGGAUAAUUAUUGGUUUAGUUGGUUAAGCAGCCUUGAUAUCAUUUUGUUUUGGAUAUUAGGCGAACUAGUUUGAGAUCCAGUUAAUUGAUAACCACUGAAAUGCAGAUCAAGCAAUAAAAUUAUAAAGUAUUGUGCUUUAUAAAUGGGCAGAUUUUCCUCUCUUGUGGUGAAAUUAAAAAUUUGCUUAAUUAAAUUUGCUUUUGAACACUUAAAGUUUAAUGCAGUUGUGUACAAUUUAAUACAUUUUUUUUUUAAUUUCACCAUUUCAUUAUGCUGCUUACCCACUGCUUAGAUUCUUCUUCAACAAACCACAUUGGCGUUUCAUUAUGAAAAUGAUCUCUGAACACUGAGUCAUUAUUAUAUAAGAUAAGCUAAUGACAACAGAUGAGGGGCUGUGGGACACUUUUCUCUGGCCAAUAUUGCUGGGAUAAAAUAAAACCUUUUAAAAGCGAUGAGCUGAAAAGUGAAAACUGAUUAUAAAGAAGUCAUGAUUUCACUGUGUGGAAUUUUUUUAUUAUACAACUUCUCUCUCAUGAUCUCAUUACAAAGUGAUAACUGUUACUGAUAAAUAAUUAAGAACAGCUGAUGUCUGCGUAUUCUGGUUUAAACUGUAGCACAUUAGAACAGUUGUAUUCUGUCUGUACAGUGUGACUGGAGAAACCUUCCUAAAAAUGUGUUUGUCUUUUCUCCAGAGGACUAUAGUUGUCAGAAUGUGGAUGGACAGUGUGAACAUGUAUGAAAUAAAGUGGUUCUGAUGCAGUAAAUAAUUUAAAAAAAAUAAAAAUUAAUUUCUGGA